AUGGGACAUUUCGUUCAAAGCUUCCUAACAGACCGUGAAGCGAAAACAUUCAUCGACGGAAAACUGUCCUCCUCUCGUCAGAUAGCGAAUGGUGUUCCUCAAGGAUCUGUUUUGGCCCCAACCCUUUUCCUAGUAGCGAUGCAAUCUUUAUUCGAAAAGGUCCCAGAGAAUGUCAAAGUCCUGGCAUAUGCGGAUGACAUCACUCUUAUGUCGAGGUCCCCUUUCUCUAAACUAUCUCGAAAGAAAUUACAACUGGCACUCGACAAAAUAGCUGAAUGGGCUCCAAACAUGGGCCUCACAUUUGCUCCGGAGAAAUCUCAUCUGAUCCAUUUGAGCAACAGAAAAAAAAGACUUAACCGACUCCCUCCACUUAUACUGGACAACAAAGUCAUCCCUGCUGCCCACACCGCCCGUAUCUUGGGUGUCUGGCUUGACGAUAAACUUAAAUUUAUAGCCCACGCCAAUCAGGUUCGCAAAUCUUCAACACCAAAACUAAAUAUCCUCAAGAAAAUAUGCAGUGCCUGGGGAGCAGGUUCCCGUGAGUCUUUGUUCAGAUUUCUAAAUGGAUGGCUUUUGCCCACCAUGCUCCACGGCUUCGGAUUAUACAGCCGCGGAGGCGACCACACCCACACACGCUUGGAACCAAUCUACAACCAAGCUGUUCGCAUCAUAAGUGGAGCUUUUCGAAGCAGCCCAAUAGUUUCCCUCAUGGCGGAAUGCGGCCAAGAACCUUUUGAAUAUGUCCUAUCCAAAAAUCUGAUAUCAAAAGCUAUUCGAUGGCUGUCGUACGAGCGUGAUCCCAACGUCCCAAUGGUAAGACGUGCCGAAAGUUACCUAAAUAAAUAUGGAGCAUCUCUCCCUGACAUUGCACCUCGUCCCGAACCUAGACUUCGCAAAUUUAAUAAAGCAAUCCCGCAAGUGGAUAUGAGUUUGCUUAACAAAAUGCGUGCCGGAACAAACCCAGCAGUUGCGCUACCACUAUUUUACCAGCAUGUUGAGUCUAAAUACAAGAACCUAGCAAAACUCUACACCGACGGAUCUAAAUCGAUUGAUGGUCGAGUCGGAUGUGGUAUAUUCAGCGAUAACGAAACCGCUGCACUUGCCCUACCAUCCAUAUGUUCCGUAUUCAGCUCUGAAGCUUACGCUAUCCUGAGAGCUGCCGAAGAGCUUUGCCCGCCAUCAGGAUCUGUUAUCUUUUCCGACUCCGCAAGCGUUCUUAGAGCUGUCCUCUCUGGAAACACCAAACACUCUUGGAUCAACACGUUAUCCGACCUCGCUAUUCAAAAAAGCAUCAUCCUAUGCUGGAUACCUGGUCACACCAACAUCCCAGGCAACGAAGCAGCAGACCGCCUGGCCAACGAAGGCAAUCAAACGGAACAGUUGAACAUUCCCAUUCCAUGCACAGACGCCACUGGCUGGCUGAAGAAACACCUUUCUAUAUCCUGGAGCCAUCAAUGGAACGCCUGUACGGAUGCCAAGUUAAGAGAAGUUAAAAACUGCACUUCAGUUUGGACAGACCGGAAAUCCUUCCUCGAACGGAGAAUCCUUACUCGGUUGCGCAUCGGGCACACUAGACUGACCCAUGGAUUCUUAAUGGACAAAGGUGACCCUCCCUACUGUCAAGCAUGCAACGUACCGAAUUCCGUAAAACACAUAAUCAUCCAAUGCCCAGUAUACCAGGAAGCGCGAACGGACAGCGGAUUGGCAACUAGCCUCAGAGAAGCCUUGUCGAACGAUCCGGACGAAGAGGAAAAAGUUUUCUCGUUUCUUCGAACAACCAAACUUAUUGCUGAAAUUUGA